GUGUAGAUGGACGCCUAAGUUUCGAUCCCUUCUUUUACUUUAGUCCCCGGUAGGUGCUGGCUAAGUCAGCUACCCAUAAUAUUGUGAAAGAAGCGAGUUUGCUCGUGAUCAAGGGCAUUAAACCUUAAGUGAGGUUAAAGUGAAAAUAACAAAGUGACUCUUAAGUGAUAUUUUGAUUGACCAAGGUUGAUCAUGAUGCCUGGGGGAAGGCUCACAACCUCGCCUUUCUUCUUCUUCUUCUUCUACCUUCUGAAUGCAGUGUACUGCCAAGAUCUGUCUGGACCUGUUUUUAUCCAGGAACCACCGAAUAAUGUCGACUUCAGCAACUCCACUGGAACUGAAAUAAUCUGCCAGGCCCGGGGUUCCCCGUUCCCAAGUAUCAGCUGGACUAAGUCGGAUGGAACACCUAUUGGAACUAUCCCUGGAUUAAGACAGGUUCUGGAGAAUGGAAACCUUAUCCUUCCUCCUUUCCGAGCCACAGAUUACAAACAGGAGGUUCAUGCACAGACCUACAGAUGUCAAUCAGAAAACGAACUUGGUAAAAUUAUAUCCCGAGAUGUUCAUGUUCGAGCAGUUGUAAGCCAGGAUUAUGAACUGGACGUGUUCAAGACCAACAUACUGCUCAACAAUGACGCCCUGGUGGGGUGUGUGGUCCCCAGUCAUGUCGGGGACAUGCUGGAGGUCCAGGGCUGGGUAGAUUCCGAGGGGGUGGAGCUAGGGGCGGGGCUGGGUAGAACACAGUUUGAUGGAAAGUAUGUUGUUCUUCCCUCUGGAGAACUACAGAUAAGAAAUGUAACUGCAGAGGAUGGAUUCAAGACUUACAAGUGUAGAACUAAACACAGGCUUACAGGAGAAACUAAGUUAAGCGCAACUGCCGGUCGACUUGUUAUAACAGAACCUGUUGGAGGAUCAGCUCCAAAAUUUCCAUCUGAAACAGAUCUUUCAAGACUUACUCAUAAAGAAGGCAAUCCACUAAGACUUACAUGUCCAGCACAAGCAUCCCCCCUUCCAAGUUUCAGAUGGUAUAAAUUCCAAGAGGGAACAACAAUCAAGAAACCAGUCAAGCUAGACGACAGGGUCAAACAGGUUGGAGGGACCCUGAUAAUCCUAGAGGCCCAGGUGGAGGAUAGUGGCAAGUAUCUGUGUAUGGUUAAUAACUCUGUCGGAGGGGAGAGUGUGGAAACUGUUCUAACUGUUACAGCUCCUCUCUCUGCUGAGGUAGAACCAAAACAACAGGUUGUGGAUUAUGGAAGGUCUGCUACAUUCAAGUGUAACUACAAGGGGAACCCAAUUAAGCAAGUGUACUGGCUCAAGGAUGGAGUUAACAUUGGUCACUCGGACAAGGUCUUAAGGAUCGACUCAGUCAAAAAAGAAGACAAGGGCAUGUAUCAGUUGGUUUAG